UGUUACCAAAAUGACGUCAUGACUUCCUAUUUAUAAAGGCCUCAACCCCCUCCUCCCAACACAAAUCGUUUUCAGUUGUCAUCGGCCACGGACUGUAAGCUACGGCGAUUGCCUUUUAUUAACCGACGUCUUGAAGCAAGUACGAGAUGGCCCGUACCAAGCAGACUGCCCGUAAGUCCACUGGAGGAAAGGCGCCAAGGAAGCAGCUCGCUACCAAGGCAGCCAGGAAGAGCGCACCGUCCACGGGAGGAGUCAAGAAGCCCCAUCGUUACAGACCUGGAACUGUGGCUCUGAGGGAGAUCCGUCGUUACCAGAAGUCCACAGAGCUGCUCAUCCGCAAGCUGCCCUUCCAGCGUCUGGUGAGAGAAAUUGCACAGGAUUUCAAGACUGAUCUGCGCUUCCAGAGUGCUGCCAUUGGUGCUCUUCAGGAAGCCAGUGAGGCCUACCUGGUGGGUCUGUUUGAGGACACCAACCUGUGUGCGAUCCACGCCAAACGUGUCACAAUCAUGCCCAAAGAUAUCCAGCUGGCACGUAGGAUAAGGGGAGAGAGGGCCUAAGCGCCUAAUGGCAACAUUGCUAAGACAAACUAUCCUAUUUAUCGUACCAUUUUUGUGGAACAUUUUAUUUCUUGGGUAAUUUUUUUUAAUAAGUUUUUCUUGAAUUUUGUAUUUUAGAUUGGGGCAAUUCAUCAUCAUUGCAUAAACCGGAGUACACUUAGGAUAGUUGGAAAUGUUGUACUGUAGUAUCUACAUAUUCCAUUAUGCAUCAUAACUACAUGUUGUAGCAUCAUACACCCUUCCAAGUUCUUUGUGGGUAUCAGGCUCCCUCUGAGGAUUUGUCUUUUGACAAGAGGCUCAAUCCUCUAAACUUCUACAGGGGUUCAGGGUCUCCUCACCAUCCACCGCUUGUCACAAAAAAUUCCAGCGUGUCUUGCUUAACCAGUCACACUGCGUGACAGGGCAUUGGUUGCUACUCUACACUGAUUGGGAGUGUGACAGACCCUUCCUGUAUUUUUCUGGACUGCUUUUUACAUGUUUUUCAACAUAAAAUCUUGGCAGCUACAUUUAAUACUAUUUAUGAAAAUGUUGUCCAUGUCUUUCUAUUAAAGGUCUUUAUGAUU